GUUUUGGUCGCGCCGGAGCCCCAAGUCCGCCGGUUCGAGUCCCGCGCGGAGCACAACGAGGCACGCCCGGGUAACUGGAGAAUCGAGGAGAAAUGGAGGAGUUGAGCCAAACUCUCGCCUGCAGCUUCGCGGUCUCCCAGGACCUCAACAGCACAGCGGCCCCCCACCCCCGGCUGGCGCAAUACAAGUCCAAAUACAGUUCCUUGGAACAGUCCGAGAGAAGACGCCGACUCCUUGAAUUUCAGAAGACUAAGCGAUUGGAUUAUAUAAACCAUGCUAGGAGGCUGGCAGAGGACGAUUGGACAGGAACAGACGAGGAGGAGGAGGAGAAGAUGAAGAUGAAGGACGCUGCCAACAGAGACAGCGAAGACAUGGAGGUGGAGACUGUGAAGAAACUGCCAAAGCGUUAUGCCAACCAGCUGAUGCUGUCUGAGUGGCUGAUCGACGUCCCCCCGGAUCUGGAGCCGGAGUGGCUCUUGGUGGUGUGUCCAACCGGGAAGAGGGCGCUUAUCGUGGCCUCUAAGGGUUCCACUGCAGCUUACACCAAAAGCGGCUUCUGCGUCAACCGAUUUCCUUCCCUCUUGCCUGGGGGCAACCGCCGCAAUUCAACCACGGGGAAAGACUACACAAUCCUGGACUGCAUCUUCAGCGAGGCCCAGCAGACGUACUACAUCCUCGACGUGAUGUGUUGGCGGGGGCACCCCGUGUACGACUGCCAGACAGAUUUCAGGUUCUACUGGCUGCACUCAAAAAUGCAAGAGGAGGGGUCCCUGGGAGAGAAAAGCCGACUAAAUCCAUUUAGGUUUGUUGGCCUGGAGAGUUAUUCCUGUACACCAGAAAGCCUGUGUAAGGCUCUGGCCACGGACUUCCCCUUUGAGGUAGAUGGGUUCCUCUUCUAUCACAAGCAAAGCCACUACAACCCCGGCAGCACUCCGCUAGUGGGUUGGCUCCGUCCCUACAUGGUAUCGGACAUCCUGGGCAUAACCGUGCCAGCUUGUCCGCUAACGACCAAACCAGACUACGCUGGGCACCAGUUGCAACAAAUCAUUGAGCAUAAAAGGAGUAAAAAACAAGCCACUGAAGAGGAUUCCUCCGACGGCAACAGCACCGUGGCUGUCCAAGAUGGCCGGUACGAAUUGGAACACUUAUCCACGCCUAAAGUGGAGGGAUCAGCUUCAGUCUCAAGGGAUACUGCAAGCCAGAUGGAAAAUUGAGUAAAUAGCACAGUGUGAUAACAUCCUGGUGGAGGGCGACUCCAUAGGCCCAGAUGGGGCCUCCAUUUUUGCACACGAUGGUGAGGGAAGAAGGCGAAAUUAACAGGGGCAGCAGGUCUGUUUUAAAGUGCUUUUAAUGGCAGGGUGUCAGAUUUCGGCGUGCUUUUACAAGUAUUAGGUCAAAGCCUGAGAUUAAAAUCUUUAAAAGCCAAAGGCUGAGUUGGUUAAUAAACCAUGGAGCAAUUUGUGAAGCCCUCCUAUGCGGGUUCCUGCUGGUAAAUCAUGCCAUUCUAAUCAGUAACCGCUCUUGUGCCUGACGGUUUUGGGUACCUCAAAGCUGCCAGGUUUCACAGGAAAUCUGGUUCAAAGUUUUAAAAGAAGUGUUCGGUUAAAGAAGAAGAAAAAUGACAACGUUGACUUGGCCAUGUCUUGCCUUCCUUCAUGUUAAAGUAGAUCGCUCCGACCAAAAGAAAGAGAAAGAAAAAACCCUUCUAUUCAUAAGCCGUCUUACUUACCCUCAGAAAGGCAGGUGUGCUUUCUGUCUAUUCCUGUCACAUUUGUGGAGCCUGUGAAACAAUACGGGGAUUGUUUUCUUAUGUGUAGGUUUUAGAGUCACUGAAUAAAGACCUUCUGAGAGAUCUAGAA